AUGGCCCCGACUUUGACACACCCGCCUGGCGUUUCCUUCAUCGACGACCACGAAGUCGCGACGAGAUCGAGUGUUGCGGAUUCGGACACGUAUUAUGGCAAAGAGUCUUAUUCCAGGUCUCGGACCUACAGUCAUUCUCACAUUCAUGGAUACAACCCCAAGAAGGCUCCGGCUUUCGAGGAAGAUUAUCAUUUGCGAAACAGAAGGCUUUCCCACGACGAGAAGGGAACUGGACCUCGCAGAUAUCUUAUAGACGUAGAGGAAACCAUUCGUUUGGUUCUUGAGCAGGAGGACACUGAUGGUGAUUUCCAAAUCAGCGUCACUGACGCUGGACCAAAGAUGAUGUCUCUGGGCACAGCGACUAGUAACGGCUUCAAGACAUUUGAUAUUCGGGGUACAUACAUGCUGUCAAACCUUCUUCAAGAACUCGCCCUUGCUCGUGAUAACGGUCGCAAACGAAUUGUCCUUGAUGAAGCCAGACUUACAGAAAACCCGGUCGAGCGUCUGUCUCGUAUGAUCAAGAAUUCUUUUUGGCAUUCUUUGACUCGGCGUAUCGACGGGGACGGGCUCGAAAUCAUUACCGCCGACCCAAAGAACCGAACUGGGCGAAUCAAUCCUCGUAUCUAUGUUCCUCACGGGGAGCCUGCCAUGGCCGAGUACUACAGGAAGGUCGCGCGAGACAAGCCGCACAUGAACUUGGACGUUCAGGUCCUGCCACCAAAACCGGACGAUCCCUUGUUUGUCAAAAGUCUUAACCAAAAACCGGGAAUCCUGGCUUUAGCUAUGAAUGAAAUUGACGAUGGGAAAGGCGGUAAGACUUUGAAGGGUAUUCCUUUCGUCGUUCCUGGAGCUCGUUUUAAUGAACUGUACAACUGGGACUCCUACUUCAUUUCUCUCGGCCUGCUCGUCGACGGUCAAGUGAACAUGGCAAAAGGCAUGGUUGAUCACUUCAUUUUCGAGAUCAAGCACUACGGCAAAAUUCUGAACGGUAGUCGAAGCUACUAUCUCUGUCGCUCGCAACCACCUUUCCUCACUGACAUGGCCUUGCAAAUAUAUAAUCAACUCGACCGCUCGGAUGUCGAAGAGAAUCGUCAAUGGCUGAAGCGGGCCAUCCAAGCGGCUAUCAAGGAGUACCACACUGUCUGGAUGGCAGAGCCUCGCAUGGAUCCCAAGACAGGGUUAUCCCGCUAUCGUCCUGAUGGGCUCGGUAUCCCACCCGAGACUGAAGCCACACACUUCACGCAUAUCCUUGAGCCUUAUGCGGCCAAACACGGUCUCUCUGUCCUCGAAUUCAGUGAGAAGUACAACGACGGAGUAUUAAAAGAACCAAAGUUGGACGAAUAUUUCUUACACGACAGGGCCGUGCGCGAAUCAGGGCACGAUACAACAUACAGGUUUGAGAAGAGAUGUGCGAAUCUAGCGACCAUUGAUUUACAAGCGCUGCUGUACAAGUAUGAAGUGGACAUUGGCACUGCGAUCCGGGAGGUGUUUGAUGAUGAAUUGGAAAUGGAAGAGGAUUUCCCACUUGCGCCAUUCCCUCCUUCUCCGGAAGCUUAUGCGAACCCUGGUCGCGAGUGUUCGACUAGUAGGGUGCAAAGGAGUGACGAGUGGUUUGAACGAGCAGAACACAGACGUCAGAUGAUUGAUAAGUAUCUAUGGAAUGAGAGCAAGGGUCUCUACUUCGAUUACGAUACUGUCAAGAAGCAGCAGAUAUUGUACGAGAGUGUUACAGCGUUGUGGGCUCUUUGGGCAGGCUGUGCGAGCGAGGAACAGGCUACGAAGCUUGUAACCCAGACCAUAAAGAAGUUUGAAGUUCUUGGUGGUCUUGUCUCUGGAACUGAAGAGUCUCGAGGCAAAAUCUCGUUGGAUAGGCCGAAUCGGCAGUGGGACUAUCCAUAUGCAUGGCACAUCAUGGCAUGGGUUGGGCUUGAACGAUACGGCUACCUCGAAGAUGCUCAACGAUUGGCGUACCGGUUCUUGUACAUGAUGACCACUGCAUUUGUCGAUUUCAACGGUGUGGUUCCCGAGAAGUUUGACGCGGUUAAACUUUCUCAUCUUGUUGAUGCUGAGUACGGAAACCAAGGAAUUGACUUUAAGAUGGUACCUCGUGAAGGCUUUGGAUGGAUGAAUGCUGCCUAUCAGGUUGGCAUUUCAUUCCUCAACAGCCACAUGCGUCGUGCUGUCGCUGCCUGCACGAGUCCGGAAGUAUUCUUCAAUGCUUACCUCGGAAACGAACAAACGAAGAAUGUUUUGACUGAUCCUCUUGGUCUGGCGAUGGAGAACCUUGACAUCGCCAACUAG